AUUGUAAUGGUCUAAUUUGGUAACCGUUUAAUUAGUGGUUGUAGAUUAGAAUAUCUCUUUUUGAUAGUUUAGAGAUUGUGACAGUGGCAACACAGUUUUGAAGAUGAAGGACCGAUUGGAACAGUUGAAGGCGAAAAGUGAUGUGGCUGGGGACGAUGUGGAGAUUCCAGUGGAGAACCAAGCCUUUAUGGAUGACUUCUUCGCCCAGAUUGAGGAGAUUCGCAGCAGCAUCGAUAAGAUAGAUGAGAGUGUGGCACAAGCAAAGAAGCUGUACUCUACCAUCCUCUCCGCCCCUACAUCAGAGCAGAAGACGCAAGAUGAUUUGGAGGCAGUCACCAACGACAUCAAGAAAGCAGCCGGCACCGCUCGCAACAAACUAAAGAGUAUCGAGAAGCAACUUGAGACAAACACAGAUGAACGGUCGUCAGCAGACAUGAGGAUUCGGAAGUCUCAGCAUGCCAUCCUGGCCAAGAAGUUUGUGGAGGUGAUGACCAAGUACAACGAGGCUCAGACGGACUUUAGAGACAAGAGCAAAGGCCGCAUCGCCCGGCAGCUGGAGAUCAGUGACGGGAAAAACGACGAGGAGCUGGAGGAGAUGUUGGAAGGAGGGAACGCAGCCGUCUUCACCGCAGGGGUAAUUUGUGUUCAGGCAUAUCAAAGCAGGGCGUUGAAUGAGAUUGAGGCGGGCACAAAGACAUUGUUGAGGCUGGAGAGCAGCAUCAAAGAGCUUCAUGACAUGUUCGUGGACAUUGCUAUGCUGGUGGAGAAACCAGGGCGGUAUGAUUGA